AUGGACGUCAACACCAUUAUUCAAAGAGCAAUGCUUGAGUACGACCACACAAAGCCGUUUGGCGACGAAGGUGCUAAUGCUCUCUAUCCCUGGUAUACCACUCAGCAACGUUUUCUUAGUGCUCCCCAAACCCCUAAAGUUAUGGAGGAGGACAUGAAAGAGCAGCCGCGACAAUUUUCGUGCCGGAGCACACUCGAACGCUUACCACCCGAGAUACUCUUGACAAUACUAGAAAUGGUCGACAUUGCAAGCUUGGUCGCUUUUGCUUCAACCAACUCGAAUAUCAGGCAUUACGUCCGCUCCAUGCCUCAUAUUGCCAAGAUUUUGCAGGAACCUCAUGCCUCGAACGCCAUCGCCCGCAUGCUCUAUGCAGGCACAGCUCGAAAUUUCCAGAUACGAGCUUUCAUGAAAGCCUGGGCAUCUUCCUCAUGUGAUCUCUGCCCGUCGUCGCAGAAGUCCGAGACAGACGCUUUUGCGACCGAGAUCUGCUUGUUGCGAUGUUGCCGUGUCUGUCGUGGGUGCGAGACGCAGGAGCGUAGCAUCUCCUUCUUGCCAUUGUCCAUGGCAAGCCAGUGCUUUGAGAUGGAGAUCAGGGAUGACAUGCACGAAGGAACGGCGCAGGCUCAUGUAUUAUGGGCGUCUGAAUGGAUUCAUGGAACAGGUCGUUUGCCAGCAAAACAGGGUCGUUACAAGACUGUCCAAGUAAUAUCCACGGAUGUGUUAAUGCGAAUGGUAAUUGACAAGUACCGCGCAUUCCCUUGUCCAAAGGGAUUCAUGGGAUACAUUAGAGAUCUCGUGCACAAGUACAUGCGUGUUCGAAAUAUCUCUCGAGCCUCUGUAAUGCACGUGCGAAUAGCAAAGGCCCUUACCAUUCGAGGAUUUGGGAGAGCAGUGGAUAAAGCAUGGGAAGAGAUGGGCCUGAGCUUCAAGGCUGCGAAACGUUCCUUAAUUGCGUCCCUUCCCUACUUGGAAUCCAAGGGGUCCCCUAUGGCAGUGGAUCGAGGUUUCACGUGUGAAGGCUGUUUCAGGGAUGAGCGCCUCGACCGGAGGUCCUUUCUACAUAGGUACCCUCGCUCUCGUCAAGUCUGGCUACGGGGACAAGUCAUGAACCAUUUCAUCGAAUGUGCCACAGCUCAGGCAAUAGCAGCUGGAGGCUAUCUCACCAUCAAGGCAGAGGACAAGCUGCUCUCGGAGUUGCUUUUCAAAGCGUGUUCGUAUUGGCGAGAGCCAGACUCGGUACCGCAGAUGGUUCGGAACUUGGUAUUCACCAGACCAGGAGAGUUCAACUGGACAGCCCACAACUUCAUGCUCUGGCAUCAGAAAACCUUGAAAUACGUCACCGAGAAGGGCGAAGACGUGGUUCAGCGCAGGGAAAGGAUGGAAAACCUUGUCAGGCGAUGGGACUACAAGAAGGCGCGCGCCAUUCAGCUGGUGAGAAAUCAACGUCUGGGUCGCAUUUAUGCACCCAGCUCCUCUGCGCGAUCUGCUUGA